CGCAAGUCCUGCUGGACUGUCAGAAGGCGUGGGGCACAACGUUUGAUGCCUGGGUGGUUGGUGGGGACUGCGAAAUUGCCAGCAGCGUCACGUGCGACUCCCAGGGCAUGAUCACGCAGAUGGGCAUUUCCAACGAGAAAUUAAAAGGAACAAUCCCUGACUCCAUCAGCAAACCUCCAAAGGCUCGUCAACUUAUACUUCUGGAACACGAGCCUGACUGGGCAGAUACCAACUUCCAUUGGCACACUUACAAACCUGGUCCAAUU